UCGAAUAGCUAUAGUAAGGGCGAGCAAGAGAAAAUCAAAGACAUUCCAAAUUUUGAUAUAAGUUUGAAGAAGUCGAACAAGGAGGAGGAGACGCCACAGGAUCCUAUCAAAUGGUUUGGUGUUAUGUUAGUACCACAGAGUUUGAAAACCGCGCAGAAACAUUUUCAGGGCGCUCUUUACCUCGCUGUAAAAAUUGCCAAUGUACAAGCUCAGUUGACAAAAGUCACAAGUCAGUCUGAGUCUUUGAAAUUGCUAAAAAAAGUCGCUAUAUGAUUAAGAUAUUUUUUAAUGAAGUUUUUGUAAUAUAUCAGAGAUGCGUAUUUUUCUAUAAGGUCUAAUUAAUUUUAAAAAGUACAAUGGCUUGUUUGUAAUAUACUUAAUAAAUAGAGAAAAAGUUCAGUUUUAUAUAAA